ACGUGGCUCCUCCUUGCGGGCGGAGGCAGGCGGUGCCGCGGCGCCGGGACCCGACUCAUCCGGUACUUGCGUGUGGUGGUGAGCGCAGCGCCGAGGAUGGGGAGGUGCGGCCGCGGCUCCGGGCCGCUGCCGUCGCUGCUGCUGCUGCUACUGUUGCUGCUCGCGGUUCCCGGCGCUGGCGCGGCCCCGCGCUCGGCGCUCUACUCGCCUUCCGACCCGCUGACGCUGCUGCAGGCGGACACGGUGCGCGGCGCGGUGCUGGGCUCUCGCGGCGCUUGGGCCGUGGAGUUCUUCGCCUCCUGGUGCGGCCACUGCAUCGCCUUCGCCCCGACGUGGAAGGCGCUGGCCGAAGACGUCAAAGCCUGGAGGCCGGCCCUGAAUCUCGCCGCCCUGGACUGUGCUGAGGAGACCAACAGCGCAGUCUGCAGAGACUUCAACAUCCCUGGCUUCCCGACUGUGAGGUUCUUCAAGGCCUUUUCCAAGAACGGCUCGGGAGCAGUAUUUCCAGUGGCUGGUGCUGACGUGCAGACGCUGCGGGAGAGGCUCAUUGACGCCCUGGAGUCCCAUCAUGACACGUGGCCCCCAGCCUGUCCACCACUGGAGCCUGCCAAGCUGGAGGAGAUUGAUGGAUUCUUUGCGAGAAACAAGGAAGAGUACCUGGCCCUGAUCUUUGAAAAGGGAGGCUCCUACCUGGGUAGAGAGGUGGCUCUGGACCUGUCCCAGCACAAAGGCAUGGCAGUGCGCAGGGUGCUGAACACAGAAGCCGAUGUGGUGAGAAAGUUUGGUGUCACUGACUUCCCCUCUUGCUAUUUGCUGUUCCGGAACGGCUCUGUCUCCCGAGUCCCCGUGCUCAUGGAGUCCAGGUCCUUUUAUACCGCUUACCUGCAGAGGCUCUCUGGACUCACCAGGGAGGCUGCCCAGACCACAGUUGCACCAACCACUGCUAACAAGAUAGCUCCCACUGUUUGGAAAUUUGCCGAUCGCUCCAAGAUCUACAUGGCUGACCUGGAAUCUGCACUGCACUACAUCCUGCGGAUAGAAGUGGGCAGGUUCCCGGUCCUGGAAGGGCAGCGCCUGGUGGCCCUGAAAAAGUUUGUGGCAGUGCUGGCCAAGUAUUUCCCUGGCCAGCCCUUAGUCCAGAACUUCCUGCACUCUGUGAAUGAAUGGCUCAAGAGGCAGAAGAGAAAUAAAAUUCCCUACAGUUUCUUUAAAACUGCCCUGGAUGACAGGAAAGAGGGUGCUGUUCUCGCCAAGAAGGUGAACUGGAUUGGCUGCCAGGGGAGUGAGCCACAUUUCCGGGGCUUUCCCUGCUCCCUGUGGGUCCUCUUCCACUUCUUGACUGUGCAGGCAGCUCGGCAAAAUGUAGAUCACUCACAGGAAGCAGCCAAGGCCCAGGAGGUCCUCCCAGCCAUCCGAGGCUACGUGCACUACUUCUUUGGCUGCCGAGACUGCGCUGGCCACUUUGAGCAGAUGGCUGCUGCCUCCAUGCACCGGGUGGGGAGUCCCAACGCUGCUGUCCUCUGGCUCUGGUCUAGCCACAACAGGGUCAACGCUCGCCUUGCAGGUGCCCCCAGCGAGGACCCCCAGUUCCCCAAGGUGCAGUGGCCGCCCCGUGAACUUUGUUCUGCCUGCCACAAUGAACGCCUGGAUGUGCCCGUGUGGGACGUGGAAGCCACCCUUAACUUCCUCAAGGCCCACUUCUCCCCAAGCAACAUCAUCCUGGACUUCCCUGCAGCUGGGUCGGCUGCCCGGAGAGAUGCACAGAAUGUGGCAGCUGCCCCAGAGCUGGCAAUGGGAGCCCUGGAGCUGGAAGGCCGGAAUUCAACUCUGGACCCUGGGAAGCCUGAGAUGAUGAAGCCCCCUGCAAACACCACCCCAGAUGUGCCAGCUGAGAGACCUGAGGCAAGUCGCCCCCCGAAGCUGCGCCCUGGCCUCGGAGCUGCACCAGGCCAGGAGCCUCCUGAGCACAUGGCAGAGCUUCAGAGGAAUGAGCGGGAGCAGCCACGUGGGCAGUGGCACUUGAGCAAGCGAGACACAGGGGCUGCAUUGCUGGCCGAGUCCCUGGCUGAGAAGAACCGCCUCUGGGGCCCUCCGGAGGUCAGGCGCGUGGGCCGCAGCUCCAAGCAGCUGGUUGACCUCCCUGAGGGCCAGCUGGAGGCCCAAGCUGGGCGGGGCCGAGGCCAGUGGCUGCAGGUGCUGGGAGGGGGCUUCUCCCACCUGGACAUCAGCCUCUGUGUGGGGCUCUACUCCCUGUCCUUCAUGGGCCUGUUGGCCAUGUACACCUACUUCCGGGCCAAGAUAAGGGCCCUGAAGGGUCAUGCUGGCCACCCUGCAGCCUGAACCACCUGGGGAGGAGGCGGGAGAGGGAGCUGCCAUCUGUUAGGCUCCUUGAGCCCCCUGACCCCGUUCCUUCCCCUCCCACCCCUUGCUCCUUGUCUGGCCUAGAAGUGUGGGAAAUUCAGGAAAACCAGUUGCUCCAGUGAAGCUUCUUGGGGCUGCUAGGACAGAGAGCUCCUUUGACACAAAAGACAGGAGCAGGGUCCAGGUUCCCUGCUGCACAGGGAGGGCAGCCCCGGGCAGCGGGCAAAGGGCAGCUCAGUCCCUGGCCUCUCAGCACCACAUUCCUGUUUUUCAGCUUAUUUGAAGUCCUGCCUCAUUCUCACUGGAGUCUCAGUCUCUCCUGCUUGGUCUUGGCCCUAAAUUGGGGCAAGUGAAGCCAGAGGAGGGUGCCCUGAGCUGGGUGGGCUGGAGUGGAACUCCUCACUAGCUGCUGGGCUCCGCCCACCCUGCUCCCUUCCGGACAAUGAAGAAGCCUUUGCACCCUGGGAGGAAGGACCACCCCGAGCCCUCUAUGCCUGGCCAGCCUCCAGUUCCUCAGACCUCCUGGGUGGGGUUUGGCUUCAGGGUGGGGUUUAGAAGCUUCUGGAAGUCGUGCUGGUCUCCCAGGUGAGGCAAGCCAUGGUUGCUGGGUUGUAGGGUGAGUGGCUUGCUUGGCGGGACCUGAUGAGUUGGUGGCAUGGGAAGGAUGUGGGUCUCUAGUGCCUUGGCCCUGGCUUAGCUGCAGGAGAAGAUGGGGGCUUUCGCUUCUCCCCGUUGAGCUCUGCCCUCUCUGAGCCUGGUCUUUUGUCCUUUUUUAUUUUGGUCUCUAAGAUAAAUGUUCAUCUUUGGAGGGUGCUGGGUAGAAGCUAAGGAGGGGAGUGCCUUCUCUUUCCAGGUUUCACCUUCCAGCAUGCAGAAGUUAGAAGGGUCUGAGGGAGGGGGCAGUGCCUUACACAUGCUUGAUUCCCACGCUACCCCCUGCUUGGGCGGCGUGUGGAAUAAAUUAUUUUUGUUAAGGCAAGCAUUGGUGUGUUCUUUAACUUGCUGCUUGGAGACCUAGUGUCCAGGUCUGGACAGAGUGCAUGGAGACCAACCCCACCUGGAAUGCAGCCAGACUCAAUGUCCCUCAGCACACACGGCUCCUGGCCACAGACUGCCGAUAGAGCUGUCCGUACCCAAACUCCACGGCCUCCUCCUGCACGGGGACAGGCUUCUGGAUGUGCAGCCUUGCCACCCCCUGCCCCAAUCCUCCCUGAGAGCUCCUGCCUCAGCGCCCUGGGCCGGCGAGGGAGGAGCCUGUCUGCACCUGCCUACUUCCAGCUCCUCUAGGAAGGAAGGGCUUGUUUGUCAGAGCUGCCGGGCUGGCCACUCGGUGGGGAGGAGUCAGCCAGGAUUAGAGAGCCUGCCCCUAAUCCGGCCUACUGGGUUUUACAAGGAUCAGAGCCGCAGAUAAUGAACCUCAUUAAGGGGGAGCAGGAGCCUCAAUCCGAUUUGAGGUUUUCUCUUUGACAUCUUCACUCUGCUCAGAUGGCCUGGGCGCUGUGUGGAGCAGGUGGGAUGCCAAGGCCACUCCCGCUAUGGGGCAGCUGAGGAGGGGGAGGGACAGCAGUCUCCCUACAUGUUUCCCUGGACCCCUUUAGCUGCAGUGCCUUGCUGGGCUCCUGCUCCAGGCACCCACCGGGUCCAUCCUCCUGGUUGUGCUCUGCACCUCCUGCUCCCCUGGGCUGGCCCUGGCUGGGGGCCUGAGAGACAGAUGGGAACCCACAAUCAGGACCCAACCCUGGCCUGCAAGAGGGAGACAGAGGCUCCCAGGGCCAGUGCCCUGUGUGCCCACUGGACCAAGGCCACUGAAUAAGCCUGUCCCUCACCCCCUAAGGGCUCCUCGCCCAAUGCCAAGUGCAGGGGAUUUCUGUCAGCAAGCCCUGUGGCUCCAGUGACCCUAUUUCUAAAGCCAAACUCAGUCACCUAGAAUUAGGGCUACGUUGGAAACGCUGUUGCAGCAACCCGGGCGGCACAGUGUGUAGCCCAUUCUCCAGGCCCACAAAGUGGUGUGGACCUCCCACCUCACAGCUGCCUCUGGCAGCCGAGCCUCUUUUCGCCCGGCCCCAGCCCCACUGGUUGAUAAAUGGGUGGGCCUCCUCAGCAACGCGGCUGCCUUUCACCUUGAUUUCCCCAGGGCUCUCCGCAGCAUCGACAAACUAGCCUCGCCCGCCAGCUGGGCCCUCCCCCCACCCAGUCUGCCAGGCUGGGAGCUGGGGCCUGCUGAGUCUGGAAUGCCCUUCUAGAAGGCUUCUCUAGAGGCUCCCCUGGCAAGAGAGGGUCCCAAGGGGAGCCCUGCAUAGCAAAGGCUCCUUGUCUGGGGCAGGACAGAGAAUCUCGCCUGUCUGGUGUGUUAACCUAUUGGGGGCUCAGGAACAAUUUCCUCAAGGAGAUAGUGGCACAGAGCUUUGAAAGAUGAGUAGGUGUUAGCAAGGAAAUAAGGAGGAGCAAGGGUUACGGGCAGAGGAGAAAGCACUUGCCAAGUCAGCAAACAAAAAUUCAAGAAAUUCUAACAAAAACUUUUAAAAAAUGUUAUUAAGGAUUUUCACAGUGCUGCACUGGGCUAGAAACAAGCUGAAACAGAGAUGCGGUCCCUGCUGCUGUGAGGCUUCCAUUCUAGAGGCAAGGACAGGUUAUGAUGAGGGCUCUGAAGAAUAGAGACCAAGCAGGGAGGGUGUUGGGGAGGCUUCUAUGAGACCUGAAGGAUGGGAAGCCAGGAAGUGGGAGGGUGGGGAUCGAGGCUGGAGGGGCCACAGGGCAGGUGUAGAGGGACUGCAGCUCUGAGGGGCUGCUCCAUGCAGCAUGCUUGGAGGUCCAAGAGGGGCAGCCCCACCUUGGGCCAGGCUCCUCUCCAGCAGCCUUGGUAUGGGGUGGGGGCGGGAAGACCCCUGAUGCAGCCCGUCCUCUGGGUAUGGGGGUGGAGGAUAGGACUCCGGGGACCCAGCCAGCCUUGACCCUGGAGGAAAGUCAGGUGGGCACAGAGGGAGCCCUCAAAUCUGGGCCCUGGGUCAGGGUAGGGAUCAAGUCCAGCCUUGAAGAGAAUGGACUGUGGAAUCUGACGUCUGGGGUUGAAUCCAGCUUCCAGCGCUCGCUAGCUAUGUGACUUUGAGCAAGAUAACUUAUCCCCUUGUCCCCAUGUGUCACUGGAGAUAAACUACCCACCUACCAGAUUGUUGUACCACGCUGGGCAAACAAUAAGUGCUUAAUAAUGGUAGCCCACUG